AUGGCUCAAGUUAGAGAAGCCAUUGAUGAUCAUGAUGAGCAGAGAGAAAAAACUGAGGAUACGGGCGAUGAAACUAAGAAGGCUAUGUCUGAGACUGUGCCAUUUCACAAACUACUAAGUGAAGCAGAUGCACUUGACUGGACACUCAUGGCUUUAGGGACAUUUGGUUCCAUUGUCCAUGGACUUGCCCAGCCUGUUGGCUAUUAUUUGCUAGGCAAAGCCCUUGAUGCAUUUGGAAACAAUAUUGAUGACACAGCAGCUAUGGUUAGAGCACUCAAAAAGGUCGUCCCAUAUGUCUGGUAUAUGGCCUUCGCAACAUUUCCAUCUGGAGUGCUGGAGAUAGGAUGCUGGAUGUAUGCUAGUCAAAGACAAGUAGCACGUUUAAGACUGAAAUUUCUAAACGCAGUGCUAAGACAGGAUAUUGGGGCAUUUGAUACAGAGAUAACUACUGGCAAAGUACUUACAGGCAUAAGCAACCACAUGUCACUCAUACAGGACACCAUCGGAGAGAAGACAAUCUCCCAGAUCAGAACUGUAUUUGCUUUUGUUGGAGAAAAUUUAUCAAUCAAAUCCUUCUCAGAUUGCAUAGAAAGACAAAUGAGCAUAAGCAAAAAAGAAGCAUUAAUAAAAGGUCUUGGAACAGGCACGUUCCAGACUAUAACUUUUGCUUCGUGGUCUCUUAUUGUAUGGGUGGGAGCUGUUGUUGUAACAGCCAAGAGAUCAACAGGAGGAGAUGUCAUAGCUGCAGUUAUGAGUAUUCUGUUUGGAGCAAUAUCACUUACGUAUGCUGCACCAGAUAUACAAAUCUUCAAUCAAGCAAAAGCAGCAGGAAAGGAAGUUUUCCAGAUUAUUGACAGAAAACCCACGAUAGAUGCAGACUCAGGAGGGAUGACAUUUGAAGUAAUAGAUGGCAAUAUCAACAUACGGGAUGUACACUUUGCUUAUCCAUCACGGCAGGAGAAGUUAGUUCUUCAAGGGUUUUCUUUGUCAAUUCCAGCAGGAAAAGUAGUGGCACUUGUUGGAAGUAGCGGGUCUGGUAAAAGCACCAUCAUGUCACUACUAAUGAGAUUUUAUGAUCCCGUGAGAGGUGAGAUUCUCCUUGACAACCACAACAUCAAAGAUCUUGAUUUGAAGUUUCUCAGGAGAAACGUAGGAGUAGUUUCCCAGGAGCCAUCUCUAUUUGCUGGCAGCAUCAAAGACAACAUUAAGAUGGGAAAUAUUAAUGCAAAUGAUCAACAGAUUGAAAGAGCUGCCUUGUUGGCAAAUGCACAUUCUUUCAUAUCCCAGCUACCAAAUCAAUAUCUGACAGAGGUAGGGCAAAGGGGUCUCCAACUAUCAGGUGGACAGAAACAGAGAAUUGCAAUAGCAAGAGCAAUUUUAAAAAAUCCUCCUAUUCUUUUGCUUGAUGAGGCCACCAGUGCACUUGACACAGAGUCAGAGAAACAAGUUCAAGAAGCACUUGAGACAGCAGCACAAGGCAGAACAGUCAUCUUAAUUGCACACAGAAUGUCAACUAUUGUAAAUGCAGACAUGAUAGCUAUUGUUGAGGAUGGGAAAAUUGUGGUGACGGGAACACAUAAUAACCUCUUAGAUACAAAAAAUGAAAUACAUCUAAUUGAUAGGUUGGAGGCUACAAAUACAAAAGUUAUUUCCAUACAAGAGGAUUCAUCUCAGGACCAUAAGCAACCUGAUGAGCCCAAUGAAAGCAAAACAGAGCUUAAGGAACUUCCUGAGAAGGAGCAGAUCCAAAGAAAAGAAAGACACAUAUUUUUCAGAAUCUGGUUUGCCUUGAACGAGAAAGAGAUCAUAAAGACAACUAUUGGCUCCUUAGCAGCAGCUUUUGCUGGCAUCUCUAAACCUGUUUUUGGGUUCUUCAUCAUUACAAUAGGAGUGGCAUAUUAUCAUCCUGAUUCAAAGGAGAAAGUAGCUCUGUAUUCAGCAAUAUUUGCUUCAAUUGGAGUGGUUUCUUUGUUUGCUCACACUUUGCAGCAUUACUUAUUUGGAGUAAUUGGAGAAAAGGCCAUGACAAAUUUAAGGCAAGCUUUGUACACAGCCACACUACGAAAUGAAUUAGCUUGGUUUGAAAAGCCCGAAAAUAGUAUUGGAUCACUUACAUCAAAGAUAGCCAGUGACACAUCCACAGUCAAGAUCAUAAUAUCUGACCGCAUGUCCGUCAUUGUCCAGUGUGUUUCGUCCAUAUUGAUUGCAACAACUGUCAGCAUGAAAGUUAAUUGGAGAAUGGGUCUGGUAGCCUGGGCGGUGAUGCCAUGCCACUUCAUCGGUGGACUCAUUCAAUCAAAGUCAGCUAAAGGAUUUUCUGGUGAUAGUAGUCUAGCACACUCCGAACUUGUUGCCCUAACUUCUGAAUCUGCAACUAAUAUAAAAACUGUUGCAUCUUUUUGCCACGAAGAACAGAUACUUGAGAAGGCCAAACUGUCCUUAAAACGACCACUCAGGAAAGGCAAGUCAGAAAGCAUAAAAUUUGGAAUUAUUCAAGGCAUCUCUCUCUGCCUAUGGAACAUAGCUCAUGCAGUUGCCUUAUGGUACACAACAAUUCUUGUCGACAGGAAUCAAGCCAGCUUUGAGAAUGGGAUAAGGGCAUACCAGAUAUUUUCCCUCACUGUGCCCUCAAUUACAGAACUAUGGACACUGAUACCCACUGUAAUAUCAGCCAUAGAUGUACUAAAACCUGUAUUCCAAAUCCUCGACCGUAGCACAGAAAUUGUACCAGACAUGCCAGAUAUUUCCAAACCCGAAACCAUCAAAGGAAAAAUUGAGUUCCUAAAUGUCCAGUUUUGUUACCCAUCAAGACCAGAAGUAACAGUUCUCAACAAUUUCAGUCUACAAAUUGAAGCCGGAUUAAAGGUGGCACUUGUUGGGGAAAGUGGAGCUGGAAAAUCUUCAAUUGUAGCAUUGUUACUGAGAUUCUAUGAUACGAAUGAUGGAAAUGUUCUGAUUGAUGGCAAGGAUAUAAGAGAUUACAACCUUAGAAAGUUGAGAGCACAGAUUGGAUUGGUACAGCAGGAGCCACUCCUGUUUAGCUGCUCAAUUAGAGAAAAUAUCUGCUAUGGGAGUGAAAGAGCAUCAGAAGCUGAGAUAGUGGAAGUAUCAAGGUCAGCAAACAUACACGAGUUUAUUAGUAACUUACCUGACGGAUAUGACACUCUUGUUGGGGAGAAGGGUUCUCAACUUUCUGGAGGGCAAAAGCAGCGAGUAGCAAUAGCAAGGGCCUUGCUCAAAAAGCCCAGAAUAAUGUUGUUGGAUGAGGCAACAAGUGCCUUAGAUACCGAGUCUGAAAGGGCAGUAGUGAGUGCACUGGAAUCAAUGAAACUAAACAGCUCCGGGAUCACAAAAGUGACACAGAUCACUGUUGCUCACAGGCUUUCCACAGUAAUAAAUUCAGAUACCAUUGUUGUUAUGGACAACGGUAAGAUUGUGGAGAAGGGCAGCCACUCAAACCUGAUGGCAGAACCAGAUGGUGUUUAUUCAAGAUUUGUAAGGCUCCAAGGUAUGGAGAAAAAGUAUUGAUGUACGCUGACAAUUGCAUCAAAGGUAAGAGUAGGAUUCACCCUCAUGUAAACUAUUAACUUGUUGGUCAUAGCACUGUUGUAUUUGUGAAGAAAAAAACAGAUAGGGCCAGUAUGGGAUUGAUAGGUGUUGAAUUAUUUAAUUAGCUUCAAAUAGUGCCACUGUUAUCAAAAGCAAAAGCGCAAAAAAUGUCAGCCUGCUAAAGCAUGGGCAUAAAUGAAAAAAAAAAACGGGAGGAAAAAAUACAAAUAUCUAUGUUAAGUCCAAGAUUAAAAUAUAUGAACAAAGAUAUUGAACAAAAAUUACAAUAAAGUGAAAUAUCAAUUGUUUAGUGUCACUCUUCUAAAGAGGCUCAUUGGCAAGGGAAAAUAUGUGUGAGAACCUUGAUGAGGACGCUGAAGCUCACAUUAAGUGAGGCAAAGUGCUCAACACGGUCUCGCUGCAGCGCUUAAGCACCUCUGACAACACUUAUUAGAACUUUCCUAAGUGAAUUUGGACUCUUCCUAUA